CUCUGUCCCGGGAACGUGAAGUAAACACGCAAGAUGGACAGCGGCGGGCAGUCGUCACUUCUCCUCCAGAAAAGUAUAAAAGAUAACACGGAGGAGUUGCAUGACUUUCUGGCUGACCUAAAGAACUGGGAGAGGGAGAUGAAGGAGAUGGACCAGAGGCUGGCCAGUCAGUCCAGUAGUAAAGACAAGGGAAGCAGUGGCGAGGGCCCCAUAGCUCACCCUGUGCGGUCAAGGAGCCACCAGGGCCCAGCCAAGUCCAUCUUGAAACAGACAGAGAACAACAAACAAGUGGAGGACAACAAGCAGAUGGAGAGCAAUAAGCAAAUGUUAACGAGCAACAAUAACAACAAGAAAAAGGCAAAGAGGCUGCCUUGUGAUUAUGCUGCGUGGGAUAAAUUUGAUGUGGACAAGGCUUUGGAAUCAUCAUCAUCAGAGGAGGAGGUGGAGCACAAGCAGCCGAGCUCAAAGGCCACACCACCCAUCCGUGUCCCACCAGCUAAUAAGAAAGAACGUGCCACUGCUCUGAAGGAGGAGGGUAACAAACUGUACAGUAAGGGACGUCUGGAAGAUGCUGUGGCCAAGUACACACAAGGAAUGGCCCUUGACCCUACCAAUCCCCUGCUCCCUGCCAACAGGGCCAUGGCAUACAUCAAGCUGAAGAAAUACACAGCAGCAGAGGCUGACUGUAAUAGGUGUCUGAAGCUGGACUGUGACUACAUCAAGGGGUACCUGCGCAGAGCCACUGCACGACUUAAUCUUGGCAAGGAGGAGCUGGCACGACGAGACUGCCUCAAGGUGUUGGAGAUGGAGCCAGGCAACAAGGAAGCCAAGAGGGAACUAGAAAAGUUACGUGGCAUAUCAAGCAGCCAAGAGGAGAAUAGGACAAACACAGAAGAGGUGCUUAAGAACAGUAGACUCGGGAAGGAGGAGAAGAUUGUCCAAAAUCCUCCAGAGGUGGUAAGGGAAGGAGUGGCUGUGGCUAUUGGAAAGGGAAAUGAACAGAGUGAGGGAUUACAGGUAACUUCCCACAAGAGGAAAGGAAAUGGAAAAAAGAUGAAGAUCGUUGAAGUCAACAGCAGCCAGGAGGACAAAGUGCCACCCAAGGCUAACCAGAUUCUGCCCAUUGUGAAGCCACCUCAUGUCAGGUCAAAGAAACCACUGAGAAGGAUACCUGUGAAGGACAUUGGCACCUGGGAGGACAUGAACAAGAGGCCUGUGGUAGAGGCAAAGGUGGCUGAAAGCAGUGGUGUUGGUGAUGGUCAGCAGGACAAGGAUAAGGGAGGGAAAGUAGCAUCACCCCCAAAGACAUCUGUGUUGGUGAGCAGUAAGCCAUUUGUGCCAUCAGUGCCAAAAACCUCACACCAGUUCUCCCAAGACUGGCAUCGACUCUCAAACCAAGCAGAGGCAGCCUGUGAAUAUAUUAAGAUGAUUCCUCCAGCCUUCUUCCGCACUGUUGACCUGGAGACUAGUACACUAGUGGAGGUAGCAGAGAUUCUGGCGAGGGAGGGAGUGUCACCUUCCUUGGCUGCCGAGCAUCUUUCUGCCCUUUCAGUGUCACAUGGCUUCUCCAUCAAUCUUAUGUUCUUGGAAGCUGACCAAAAGCAAGUUUUUCUCAAUUUGACCUCAAAAUGCCAGCAAGUUGAAGGUCACAGAACAAAGAUGGAGGAACUCAAGGCGGCUAUCCAGUCAUCUUAGGAAGGAUCAGCACUUGCACAUCAUCGCCACAAGUUAAUUUCCUCACGCAUCACACUUGUAAAUCUCAGAGCAUUUUUUUUUACAUUCUUCUGGAUCAUCAUUGAACCACUAUGAAUUUGCCUUAAUAAACAUUCAAAGUAAAGUUGUAGAUCACCACAGUCCUGUUCACCAAAACUUCAAGAAUACUUAGUUUUAAGCUAACCACAUCAGUCCAUAAAGAUGCAACAUUAAUGCACACUUAGACUAUUGAAGGCAUUUUUAGUAUAAUAAUAGUAUGGUGUACUUAAAUUUUAUUAUGUUCAAGAAAAGUGCAUCAUAGAAUUUACAGAUAGGUAAGGCAGAUCUGUCUGUCCCUUGUGAUUUGAGGUGAUAGCUGAGUACUGGCUCAUCAUCACUUCUCACUGUCAUCUUUCAGUUUGUUUUGGUGCUGCAGAAAAGUUUGUACAUCAACACCACAAACAGCUGAAUUAACUUAGAUAUACACAUGCAGUUGUAAAACACUCUUCAGGUGCAGGUGCUCCUGGCAAGAUUAAAUAAUUUACAGUAACAA